AUCUGCUUGCAGUCCGGUCUUGCUCUUCCAAAGAGUACGAGCGAUCCUACGACGACCCAUCGAUCGGGGCGAUGAAACGCUCCAGAUUACUCGGCACAGAGUAGAUCCCAUUGAUAAGCGCGAAGAGAGAUCGAGGGCCCACUCGGAGACCGGAAGUUCGAGGGGGACCUCGACAUCUCGAGGGAUGGACGUCAAACAGAAGACGUUUAAGAAAAACCCCGUGGAAACUGCUAAUCCCAUCAACAAAUUGUUCUUUUGGUGGACUCUACAGCUUUUCUGGAGGGGAUCGAGAAGCGAUUUGAAAUUGUCGGAUAUUUACGCCCCUCUGAAGAGUCAUGAAUCCGAGAAACUGGGCGAUCGCCUCGAGAGAGCAUGGAUGGACGAGCUGGAGAAGAAGAAAAGAGAGAACUCGGUCGGGAAAGAUGGGAAGAAGAAGCCGACACUGAAGUCCAAAGAGCCCAGUCUGAUGAGAGUCUUGAUUCGCAUCUUCGGGCUUUCGAACCUGUACCAUACCAUCUCUGUGUUCAUCUACGCGGUGGUCCUUCGCACCUUCCAGCCGAUCUGUCAAGGCUGGAUCAUCGGCUAUUUCAGUGGAAGUGGAUCAUCGGAGACCACGGAAAAACAGGAGGUUUUCCUUUACGCGGCGCUCCUUAUAGUUUCGGUCGCAGUGUCGAUCACCAUGAUGCACCAGACGUACGUCGCAUCUCUCGUCCUUGGGAUGAGGAUAAGGAUAGCGUGCAGUUCCCUGGUGUACAGAAAGACCCUGCGACUCAGUCAAUCGGCCCUAAACGACACCGCAGCGGGACAAGUUGUGAAUCUGCUGAGCAACGACAUGAACCGAUUCGAGUUGCUCUUCAUCUACUUGCCUUCCGUAUGGGUGAUGCCCUUCCAGAUAGUGGUGGUUGGGUACGUGAUGUGGCAAUCCGUGGGAAUAAGUUGCCUGGUGGGUAUUGGAGUUCUUUUCGCGUUGUCUAUUCCCGUGCAAGGAUACUUGAGCAAUUUGGGAGGCAAAUUCAGAGGUCGGAUCGCCACCAAGACCGAUAGGAGGGUCCAGCUCAUGGCCGAGCUGAUAAAUGGAAUUCAGGUGGUCAAGAUGUACGCAUGGGAGAUCCCCUUCCAGAAAAUCGUCUCCAUGACCAGGGCUUCCGAGAUGAACGUGAUAAGGUACUCUUCCUAUUUGCGGGGACUCUUCCUGAGCAUUAUGGUGAUCGCCGAGCGGGUGGUGCUCUACUUCACUCUCCUGGUCUUCGUGUUAUCGGGCAACACUCUCACGGCGCAAAUCACCUUCGUCCUUGCAUCGUAUUUCAACAUCCUGCAGCUUACCAUGGCCAUAUGUUUCCCUCAAGCGGUGAUUUUGGCUGGCGAGGCCAUUGUGUCGGUCAGAAGGCUCCAGCUCCCGGAAAUUUCUUUUCAGGAAUUCCUGUUGCUGGACGAGGUGCAGCGACCCGAAGAAAGCCACACGACGAAGGAGCGGAAAGCCUCUGGCGAAAUUGUCAUCAGAAAUGGCGUCCCGAAAAAAGACGAGCCGGAGAAUAAAAAGCCUGCGACGAUCGUAUUUGACCGAGCGUCCGCUACUUGGGUCUCUGGACAAUUACCCUCGACCCUACAUGACGUUUCCGUGACCAUAGACGGUGGAAAGUUGUGCACCUUCGUUGGCGCCGUCGGCUCUGGGAAGUCCUCGGUCCUUAGCGUGCUCCUGAAGGAGCUUCCCCUGGGAGCUGGGAGCGUCCAGCUCCUGCAGAAGGAACUUCUUCGGCCCGAGGAUCCGUCGAAUAGUCGCAGAUUUUACAUGGACAAUCCAGACCUGAAGAUUUCCUACUGCUGCCAGGAUCCUUGGCUCUACGUGGCCACCGUUCGGGACAAUAUCCUGUUUGGACAGCCUUUUAAUAAGACCAGGUAUCAGGAGGUGGCGAGAGCAUGCGCAUUGCUGAAGGACUUCGGACAGCUUCCGAAUGGAGAUUUGACCAUGGUUGGAGAACGGGGCACGUCCUUAUCGGGAGGUCAAAGGGCGAGGGUUAACUUGGCAAGAGCGGUCUAUAGACAAGCCGAUGUGUACCUUUUGGACGACCCUCUAAGUGCCGUGGACCCACACGUAGGCCAACACCUGUUUAAGGAAUGUAUCCAAGGAUUUCUAGCCGGGAAGACUAGGAUCCUCGUUACCCAUCAACUUCAAUAUCUAAAGGAAGCCGACCUCAUUGCCAUCCUGGACCACGGAAUGAUAAAGCUCCAAGGAACUUACGACGAGCUGUGCGCUGCCAACGAAGACUUCACCGAGAUGCUGGAAAAAAUACAGCAAGACGAAGAGGAGGUCGAAGACGCCGUCGAAGACAACGACAGGGGAGAAUCCGCAGCCGAGAGGAAGCCCAAUCUCGUUCGGCGUUGUUCCAGGCGAGAGUCCAGAGCUUCCAGUCGAGGAAGGCAAUCUCUGCGGAACGUUGAAGAGGACUCUCUCUCGGUCGGAGCCAGCUCAGCCGGGGAAGAAAUGGCCAAAGGCAGGAUGUCCAAUAAAAUUUACGCCCAGUACUUCAAGGCAGGCGGUAGUACCUUGUCGGUCGUCUUAAUUAUCGGAAUCUUCGUCCUCGGCCAAGUGGCCUCCAGCGGCUCCGAUUAUUGGGUCAGCUGUUGGACGACUUUCGAGGCGGUUCGCUUCGAACUUUCGGAACCUGGAAUCGUAACCGAAAGCGAGUACAAUCGCGUGGUCAACGACAGCUUCCUGUCUUUCCUCGGCUUGCUGGACGAGGAUGGUCUCCUUUCCACCGAUAAUGCCAUCUACAUCUACACGUUCUGCAUCGUCGCUUGCACGGUCUUCGUCCUUUUGCGGAACUUCCUCCUGAUGAGACUCUGCACCUCCGCCAGUCGCAAUCUCCACGACUCGAUGUUCGCCAACAUGUUGCAAACUACCAUGAAGUUCUUCAACGCCAAUCCCUCGGGUAGGAUUCUCAAUCGAUUUUCGAAAGACAUUGGAGCUAUGGACGAGCUACUGCCCAAAACCCUUCUGGACGCGCUGCAGAUAUUCGGGGUGAUGAUAGGAAUCCUCGUUCUGGUAGUGAUCGUCAAUCCGUGGAUGAUCAUCUCGAUUGUGGUGAUCACGGGGGUGCUCUACGUGGCGCAGAUCCAUUUUAAAAGAACCGUUCAGAGCCUUAAACGCAUCGAGGGCAUCGCGAAGAGUCCGCUGUUCUCACACGUGAGUGCUUCCCUGGAUGGACUGACGACCAUCAGAAGCUGCGGAAAGGAGACCGAAAUCACUUUGCGGAAGGAAUUCGACAAACUGCAGGACACCCAUACCGGCGUCUGGUACCUUCUGAUCAUCUGCUCGGAAGCGUUUGGAUUUUUCCUCGACCUUAUAGCUUGCAUCUUCAUCGCCUUCGUCACGUUUUCCUUCGUCCUCAUGGACCCUGGCGAAGUCUUCGGAGGGAACGUUGGUCUCGCCAUUUCCCAGGCACUGAUCCUGAUCGGCAUGCUGCAGUACGGCGUUCGACAAGGAAUAGAAGUCGUCUCUCAAAUGACCUCCGUGGAGAGGGUGUUACAAUACACCAAUUUGCCAAAGGAGACCUGGUCUGGCGACAAGAAACCUCCGUCGGACAACUGGCCAUCGGAAGGUCGGAUAAAUAUGAAGCAGUUGCGCAUGAGUUACGGAAAGGACGAUCCGCCCGUGCUGAAGGACCUGAACGUGGAGAUUCAGCCCGGGUGGAAGGUCGGCAUCGUUGGAAGAACAGGCGCCGGGAAGUCUUCUCUGAUUUGGGCCCUCUUCAGGUUGUCCGGUGACGGUCUGAGCGGAGAGGUCCUCAUAGACGACGUGGACGCCGGGUCGAUUCCUCUUCAGACCUUGCGACCUAGGAUCUCCAUCAUCCCCCAGGAGCCGAUUCUGUUCUCGGAGAGUCUACGCUACAACCUGGAUCCAUUCGGCCUGUACCCGGACGCGAAACUCUGGGACGUCCUUAGGGAAGUUGAACUAUCCAACUUUGGUCUGGAUCAACAGGUCUCGGGAGGUGGAAGUAAUUUUAGCGUUGGCCAGCGACAGCUGAUCUGCCUCGCCAGAGCGAUUCUGAGGAACAAUCGCAUCCUUGUGCUCGACGAAGCUACCGCAAAUAUCGAUCCUCGCACGGAUUCAUUCAUACAAAAUACAAUUAGAACGAAGUUCUCGAAUUGCACCGUACUGACGAUAGCGCACAGGCUGGAUACCAUUAUUGACAGCGAUCGGGUGAUUGUCAUGGACAGUGGCAGGAUGGUGGAAUUUGGUAUCCCUUACGAAUUGUUGCGCGAUAACCCGAAUGGGCCCUUCUCGGAAAUGGUGCAAAAUACCGGGAAAGGUAUGGCCAGUAAUCUAUUCCAGAUUGCCGAAAGAACUUACGAGCGCAACGUUUCUAGCCCUGAGAAUAAUCAACAGUCGCAAAGCAACUCGAUAGCUAGCGAUCAAACUAUUGCCAUUGACUCGCCCACGACGAUAGUUGAAUCCACGGCGAUGUGAUAGUUCCAAAUCUAAUGUUAAUGAAAAUUCUCAGAAAAGCCUAACGUGUUGACUGACUAAGACGAUAGAAGUAAUGGAAAGCAGUGCACCCCUAUUUUUUAUUCCAGGUUCAAUCGACGGGGCUUUUGAAUUUAUUUAUUUCGGCAUAGAGUAGUAGAUUUAAGCUACGUUGUAUAUAAAUACCUAAGAACUAAAUAAGAACGAAUUUUAUAACUCA